UGAGAGAGUGGAGUGGAAACAGGAAGAGGAGGCGAGGGGAAGAAAGGAGACAGAGGAGAGAGGAUCGGGUGAGACAAGGUGGCGAGGAGUGAAAGGGAGGAAAAGGGGAGCAGGGGGGCUGUGCGGACCAAAGACAGGAGAAAAAAGAAAAAGAAAAAGAGUGAGCAGCUAUUUAAAGGGAUCUGAAACUGCACGGGUCUGCUGUCUACUGUUCCUGACGGGUAGCAUCAGAAAGUCUGCCCUCCCUCCUUCUCGCUCAGUAGCCAUCGCAAGGUCGCCUCCUGCUCUCAGGUGUGAAGUGGAGGGCCUCCCAAACAAAGACCAAGACUGGCUGCAUGUAUCACCCAGCAGAGCUCUACUCUGGCCGUGAUGCAUGGGACUCCCAUCCCGCUGGAGGACCUCACAGAGGACACUGGGCACCUGCGAAUGCUCGUCCCUGGAGCCACACACAAAGAUGCCAAGACGGACGCAAUCAGUUGCACCAUUCAGAAUCCAACCGUCUUUAUAACAGAGGGGACAGAACAGUAGACCAUGUCCACAACAAGAGCAUCUCCAAGGGGAACCGACCGCUGCUGCGAAUCUGGGGCAGCAAAGACCAGCAGUUCAAGGCUCAGAACUGGCAUCACAGCGCCCAGCGGCCCUUCCCCAACCAAGGCGGCGGCGGUGGCGGCGGCGGCGGUUACGUGACGGGACCAGGACAACGCUAUGCAGACUGGGACAGCAAUAUCGGGGGUCCACGUCUGAACCGCAACCACAGAGAUCCGCCGUCCCCGGCCGAGAGAUGGACCUCAGACUGUCGGAGGAGCUUUCCAGGCCGAAUGGUGAACAACAGGCCGGGGCCUUGGAAACGGCCUGCCCUCCACCAGCGGCGGGAGCAGCUGCAGCAACACAGCCCCCCCCCACCGCACCAUUUAUCUUCUCGGGACGGGUGUCCCGCGAAGAGGAGAAGGGACUCGGCUGAUCAACCAUCUCAUCCUGGAUCGAGGCAUGUCCCUCUGCUCGUCCACGCCCCAUCGCCACCACGCCACUACCGCCAUAACCAAGACGACUGGCAGGCCCGUAACGACCGGGCAGGUCCAUGCCACUACUCAGACCACAGGACCUCAGCAACACAGCAACAUGAAACCUCCAAAGUGCGAGCUGGAGGCCACGGCUUCGGUCACUCAGAACCUCUGAACCCGAGUUGUGGCGGCAGAUCAGUGCAUCACGGCGCCAGAGAGAAGGUGGAACGGAAGAUAUCGGCUACACCAGCAGACCACACCCGUGUGCCUUACAGCCAGCAAAACCACCAUUACCACCAUCAGCGGCACACAAGCCAUCCCAGAGCCCCACAGCACAGCGCCUUGCCACGCACCCUGGAGGACAAGGACGCAUGGAGCCAUCACCACAGACAAAGCACAGAAACGCAACGUUGUCAUCCAAGAGGAAAUUCUCGGGAACCGUCUCUCUGCAAGAAAUUCAGUGCCGAGUCUUCUCCCCGCCUGUCCCGACUCUGCAGUCCCGACGGUGGCGGUCUCCGAAGUCCCGGUCCCCCCUCUAGCCCGUCCUCGUACACCGCCACCAACGGCCCAACGUGCGCGUCAGACACUUCGCCGUGCAGCCCCGGCGACCGCCAGAGAGGACCAGCGAGCCCCGGCCUCGCCCCCAACCCCCCGCCCGGCCCGCCGCCCGAGUCUCACGCUGCUCCAAAGUUCAGGUGUCCAGAUCCCAAACACAGGAAGAGCUCGCUCUGCUCGCGGCAGUCGCCUCCCGCCAGGUCGGACAAGGACGAGCUCAAGAAACCGGAACACAAGCAGAAGGACAAACCGGUGAAACGGGAGAGGGAGAGGGAUGUCGACAAGGCUAAGGAGAGGAAAAGGAGGAAGAAAAAUGAGCAGAAAAGGCUGAGUGGGAAGAAGGAAAAAAGAGAUAAAAUGAAGAAGAAGGAAAGGAAAUUACGCGUCACAAAGAAGGAAAAGCUGUCCGCCAUCCACGACCCCCCCUGCCCGGGAGAGCCCCGGAUACGCAACACGGUAACCGUGUCUUUGUCCGUGGAAAGUCAAGGCCGGUCGCGUCCCAAACACGGACACGGGGAGAGGAGCGAACAUGCACUAAACAGGCCGUCCAAGAAAACCCCUCAUCCAUCAUCAGUCCUGCUGAAAACGACCAAAACACACGCCGGCCCCCCUAAACGUACGGCCCCCCUCCCCCGUAACAAGGUCGGCAGGCCCCCCCACGCAGGAGACGGACCCAAAACCAAGCCGGGCGGCAAGUUCCCGUCCCUGCUAAGCAAGGCCUUGCGUCCUCUCAGCAGGGCCUGCUCCGUUAGUUUGGAGAAGACCCUGCACGUUAAAGAAGCCGGGCGGGGCGGGGGUCUCAGCGCCCCCGAGCUCCACCCCGUUCCCGUGCUGGGAAAUCUGAUGGAGAUGGGGGACAACCUGUCCAACACACCCCCCGUGCUCAGCUGGCAGGGCUCCCCCGUGUCGGACCUGGAAGAAGACGAGGAGGAGCUGAAAAAGGGCGUGAUAUGUCGGCCGGUGCUGCAGCCCAGCCCCACGCAGUGCUUCUCCCCCCCGCCCCCGCCCGAGGACGGGGACAAGGAACAAGGGACACCGGGAGAUUAUUCCCAGAGCAGCACGUCGGAUCUCUGCGAUGCACCUCGCGCAAUCAAGACGUCGGCGGAGGAGGAGAGCGAGGAGAAGGUGGAGGACGGCGGGAAGACGCCCGGCCUGUUUCUCAGCGAUCUCCACCAACACAAAACGGGCUUGGAUGACGUCUUUAAGAGCCUCGCCACCUUCCUGGGGGGGCAGAGGGUCACGUGUCGGGGCGGGCCGUUCGGCGGGGCUACCACCAAGGGGGCCAAGUUCUCCUCUUCUCUGGCGGUGGCGCCGGAGAUCCAGGGAGACGGGGAUCAGGAUGACCCCGUGAAACCGCCGCCCGCCGCCUCCUCCAAGUCAGGCGACCAGUCGCCGCCUCACGCCGCCUCCGACUCGCUCCUGAAAGGCCUCGCUCGGCCGCACGUGGGCGAGCCCGCGGCCGGGGGGCAGGCGCCGCCGAGGCAGGACGAGGCCGACGGCGACGCGGCCGAGAAACACAAGGAGAGAGACGCGGAGAUCCUGCUGGAGGGGACGGACUCGUCUCUUCUGGAGGGCUCCCUGAGCGCCGAGCUGACGGUCACCACCACGCAUCCCGCCUCCUUCACCAGCGUCAUCACCGUCACCACCAAGGAAGAGAGGCGAAGCAGCAAGGAGGUGGACAACGCCACCGCAAACAGGAAAAGAAAACAAAAGGCUAAAAAUGUGGGAAGAAAGGAUGACGUGAAGAUUAAGAAGCGGACGAAGCAGGAGCAGGUCCGGAGUAAAACUAACGAAGUGAAGGAUCUGGAUACGUCCAGAAGCCCCCCCAGACCCCCCGCAGACAGCAUUAAGGGCCAGAUUCCCCAGAAAAAACUAACUCCACACGGCACAUCGGUGGGGAGUGAGAAUAAGGUGGAUAUCGGGGAGAAUACGGCAAACUCAGACACAAGCCCCUCAAUCACAGCCUCGGCUGCAACCAUCACUACAUCCACGGCCGGGGCCCCCCCGCCAGCGAGGAAAGCCCCCCCAGCGGCUCCGGUAGACCCCCUGAAACUGAAGGCCUUGUCCCUGGGCUUAUCCAAGCAGCUGAGGGUGAUCCUGGUUAAAAUGGAAAUCGGUGGGAGGCAAACGUUCAACAUCUCAGAGCUGGGGGAACAAAGAAUCCCGCUGGCCGAGCUCAGCAUUCAGCACACCGCCGCCGACGUGGUCAGAGCCUGCAAGGGGGCGACGGUGAGCGGGAAGUUUAAGGAGUCGUAUCUACUUCCGGCCUUUUCUGUUAAGCCCAACCUCGCCAUCCAGACCCCCAUCCCCCGGGAGAAGCUGAACCCUCCCACACCAAGCAUUUAUUUGGAGAGCAAGAGAGACGCCUUCUCGCCAGUGCUCCUCCAGUUCUGCACCGAUCCCAAAAACCCUGUGACGGUCAUCCGGGGCCUCGCUGGCUCCCUCCGCCUGAACCUCGGCCUGUUCUCCACCAAGUCUCUGGUGGAGGCCAACUCCGACCAGGCCGUGGAGGUGCGGACGCAGGUCCAGCAGCCGGCCGACGAGAACUGGAACCUCAGCGGCUCCACGCAGACGUGGCCCUGCGAGAGCAGCCGCUCGCACACCACCAUAUCCAAGUACGCCCAGUACCAGGCCUCCAGCUUCCAGGAGAGCCUGCAGGAGGAGAAGGAAAGUGAGAACGAGGAGGAAGAGGAGCAGAUGUCCGACCCGCCAGCCGCCACCAAGGCUCCUCUGAGAGUGUCUAACGGUAAAGCCAGUCCCACGUCCACGACCAAGAAAGCCAGCUCUCCUGCUGCCAUCAGCAAGGUGGAGCAGCCGCUCGCCCCCAGCACGGCCGGCUCCGAGCAGAAGUCAUUCAAGAAGAUCAUCAAAUUCGGGACCAACAUCGAUCUGUCCGACCCUAAAAGGUGGAAGCCGCAGCUGCAGGAGCUGCUGAAGCUGCCGGCCUUCAUGCGCGUGGAAUCCAGCAACAACAUGCUGAGUCUGGUGGGGCAGACCAUCCUGGGCAUGAACACGGUGCAGCUGUACAUGAAGGUGCCGGGCAGCCGCACGCCAGGCCACCAAGAGAAUAACAACUUCUGCUCCGUCAACAUCAACAUCGGCCCCGGCGACUGCGAGUGGUUCGCCGUCCAUGAGAACUACUGGGGAGCCAUCAACACAUUCUGCGAGAAGCACGGCGUGGACUACCUCACGGGGUCCUGGUGGCCCGUCCUGGAGGAUCUUUACAGCUCCGACAUCCCCGUGUACCGCUUCAUCCAGAGGCCCGGGGACCUGGUGUGGAUCAACGCGGGGACCGUGCACUGGGUCCAGGCGGUGGGCUGGUGCAACAACAUCGCCUGGAACGUGGGGCCGCUGAACUCCUACCAAUAUCAGCUCGCCCUGGAGCGCUUUGAGUGGAACCAGGUGAAGAAGGUGAAGUCCAUCGUUCCCAUGAUCCACGUCACGUGGAGCGUGGCCCGCACCCUCAAGAUCACGGACACGGACACCUUCAAGAUGAUCAAACAUUGCCUGAUGCAGUCCAUCAAGCACAUCCAGAUUCUGAGGGACCAGCUGGUGGCUGCGGGGAAGAAGAUCAGCUACCAGCGGCGCGUGAAGGACGAGCCCGCCUAUUACUGCAACGAGUGCGACGUGGAGGUGUUCGACCUGCUGUUCGUGACCACCGAGAGCAGCAGCAAGAAGACCUACGUGGUGCACUGUGAGGACUGCGCCCGGGCCAAGAGCUCUUUGCUGUCGGGGGUCGUGGUGCUAGAACAGUACCGGAUGGAGGAGCUGAUGAGAACCUACGACAACUUCGUCCUGACUCCAUCGCCUCCUUCCAAGUGAGGACUCGUGCACGUCGCACGUUUUUCAGCCAAAACCAAAACUCUAACGGCAGCACAAAGGUCGUCGUCGAGGUCGUCUGCUCCCGCAAACACUUUCUCAAUCAGCCAAUCACGUUUUAAUCAGCAUUGUUUACGUCACACGGAAAGGUAGAGAAACGCGGGCCGGUCCAACGAAAGCUCCCUGUCUUCCCCAUACCAGCUGCAGAUUGGACGCGUGUUUUGUAAUAGAAUGACUAGACUGGUUCUUCUCAUGAAAAGCAUUUCAUAUGAGUUAAAAAAAAAAGAAAAAAAAACAAAGAAAAAAAUCUGAGCACUGCUAUCACUGAAAAUCAGGUUUUCUAUGUUCAACGGACACUGCUGUGAGUCAGAAGCGUUAAGUAGCUGGUUCUUUGUAUUGAUUCAGGUACUUUUAUGCAAAUUCAGUCGAAACUUUUUUACACCAAUCUAGUUAUUCUAUAUGUCCAUGAAUUUGCUGUGAUUUUAUUGUACCAGCAGGGGAAUCUCUUCACGAAAGUACAUGAUUGUCACGUUUGGCAUCGUAUUGGUUCCUGUUUUUGUUUGGUAUUCAGGUAAACUCUGACAUUUGUAAUUCCUGUCUGUAAACUCUUUGAGGUGCUAUUCCAGUCUUAUUUAUUCUCAUUAAAUACAAAAGGAAAAAGAAAAAAAAAAGAAGUUUUACCAGCCUAAAAGUACACCACAUUGGCCUUGCAAACUGUAUUUGGAGGAUAUGUCAUUAGGUGGUUAAACACACAAAAUACGGAUUUAUGUUAGCAUUAGAAAAUGAAUCCAAAAAUUUUUAUCAGUUACUCUAAAAUACGGGUUACCUAGUGGACUCAUAUGGUUUCGUUCUCAGUUUGAAAUUAUUAUGUAAAGGGAAGACUUGACAUUUUUGUGUCCAGCAAGACGGUGGCUAAUGUACUUUGUAUGAUACACCAACAAAACAGACAUACAGAAGUGUCAUUUUUACUUUAUGAAUGGGGGGAAAAAACACCCAGUUUUAUACCUCUUUUGUUGCAGUGUUCUUGUUUGUAGAUGACAGAGAUAAUAAAUAUUUGUACAUUGUGAAUGAAUUUAUGGAAUACACAGUGGUGUGCAUAGACAUGGUGCAGAGAGGCGGGGGGGGAUGAGCGUUCAGCAUCAAUGUUACCAUCGGUGAACUAGCCCGUUAAGUAAUAUGUACAUAAAUAUACACAAUCAUAAUCGUUUACUGCAAAAUAGGACAAACCGGUGGGUUGAAGCAGUUGAGUGGACUGCUUCCCCAUCUCUGUUCUGCCCCAGACUUCCAUCCUGGUGGGCCUCAGCUUCACGCACUGCCGCAGGGUUUUCAGACUGAGAUGAGGAUGAUGACGAUGACGAGCACAUGAUAUCAAACUUAAGGCAGGCUCAGAUUUUUAGAAGUCCAUUACUUUAUUUUAUUUUUUUCAUGGCAAAUGUGUUAAUUACACACUAAUAAUGAUUUUCAGCAUUAGGUUGCAUUUUGAAAUUGUGCUUCUUGUUUUUUACGCAAAUGCAGUGCUGAAAAAAGUUGAGCAGAAAAACACGAUGCAAUUCUGAAUAAUAACGCUUUUUUUUGUAUGAAUCCAAAACAAGAGACAUUAAAGGCACGGUAAGCGAUUUCUGGAUCAUCUCACGUCUGUUGAUGUUUGAAAAAAAACAAAAGCGAAACCUGUUCGUCCGAUCCUCCCUGAGAAAAUGUAUCAGCAGGCAACAUUUUAAGAAAAGCAUUUUGCAGUCUAAACCUUUUCCUAUACUGCUCUCAAACUAUUUUAUUGUCUGUUUCUGAAUGACCCUAGAUGUUGCUCUGCUAUUUCUACAUCUUUUCUACGGACAGAAUAUCUUCAUUUCUCACUGGUCUGUAUCUAUGUAAGCCUAUUUUCAAGUUUGUUAGCUAUUAUCGGAGAGUUACAGUGAAUUCCCCUCAAAUGACACGUUUUGUAUCACUCCUCUGCCCUCAUUAGUCUCUGCACACCAUUUAAUGUACAUACUGUAUCCGUUUCAGGUUUACUAGAAGAUUUAUGUUAUUUUGUUCUCAGUCAAAAUUUAAGUUGUUGAUGUCAUUUGUUUCCUUUUUUGUUGAUGCUAUAUUCUAAGGUGCGCUGAAAAUACCCCGUUUCACUCUAGUUUAAAUAACUGCAAUGGGAAGAUUUUUCCACUUUUAUACCUCUUUAUGUUGUCAGUUACUGUUUUUUUCCUGUUAUUUUUCUUUUUUUUUAUAUAUAUAUAUUAUGGAGAAUAUGGAAAAUUGUAAAUGGUGACAUUAUUUAUACUGUAAAUGGUUGUUUUCUGAUAUAUUUAUUGCAUAUCAAAGGAUGCUUCAUUUGAUAAGGGGCUACAAGGUAUUUUAAAAAUGUAGUAUGGUCAUAGAGCGUGGAUAGGGGGAAGUGCAAUCAGGGGGGCAGUUUAAUGUUCAUGGUGCUAGGCCCUUCCUUGCCUCAACACCCCCUCAUUAAACAGCAUAUGAUUAUGUAUGAACGUAAGAUACGGCUCAAAUCAACCAUCUGGUGCUUAGAACCAUUUCAACACAGUUUACUGGUUACACAAAUGGGAUGAUGUCUUUGUACUGUAUCUAACAGAUAAAUACCUAAAGAUCUUUUCUUUUCUUUUUUACAUGCAUUGUAUGAAAUUCAUAAUCUCGUGUGGCAUUAGUCGUUUUAUGAUGAGCAUUAAAACUGUAGUCGUAAUUCUUGACACUUUUGCAGAGACUCUUAGGGAUGUGACUUUUAAUGGCGUCAAGGUUUCUCCUGUCUCGUCCUCAUCAGUUACAUUUGGAGGAUUUAAUAAUGUUGUUUUUUGCUCUUGACUUGUUUGAUUUUUGCUGCACUCAUUGCUUCCAAAAGAACUCACAUAGAAGAAAAAGACCUGAGCCAGACCUGUCUUAAAUCCCUCUGUGAUUUUUCUGUGACAUAUUGUAUCGUUGUUCGAAAAAUAAAAUGUUUUGAUAAAUUA